AUGGCCACCGAACACUCGGACUUUCCCGAGGCUUCUGAUGAUGCUGCUUGUCAGUCGGCGGAUUUCGGCCACGGGUCGGUGCCCGUUGGACGGCAGGAGUCUCGUGGUUCACAAGUUCAUUCUGCGGAUGUCGAAAAGGUCCCCCCUAGUUCUUCUCUACAGUCUUCCGACGGCCUUACGAGGGAUGAUGGACAAGAGAAACCCGCGCCCACAAGGAACAGAUUCCGGCCGACAGUGUCAUCUGAAACGAGCACACAACGCCAUGGCGGAGGACGUCCCGCCACCGCCCCCUCCGUCAGGAGGAAGGCUGCAGAGGAGCUGCCAGGGCUACGCAGGAGGACCAAAGAAAUUCUUCGGGCGAAGAAAGCCAGGAAAGAUAAACACUUCUCUAAAAUUGCGUUCAUCAGUUCCGACCCGAAUUACUACAACCUCCUUCCAGUGCAACCAGCCGUGGGAUGGUGGAAAUGCGUCUUGAUGCAUCCGAAGCAUUCGCUCGCAUUUGUUUGUCGCCUGGCAAGUAACCUGGAUGUUAUCAUUCCCGACACGGUGUUUUGCUCGGGUACGGAAUGCUUCUACAUUUCCAGUGGUCCAGAGGGAAUGCUAGGCACGCCAGAUAGCGACGCUCUCAAGCAGGACCACACUGGCGGAGCAGGUGCGUCCAAUGGCUGGGUCAUCAAGAGCGACUUUUCAGCGGCAAAGCUGCUGGAAAACAAUCUGUUCACUUGGAUGCAUGCCGACGAGCAAGCGAGGCUAACAGGGGAGACUGGCCAGCUGGCGCCUACUAAACGUCGCACCUCUACCCCGGGGCCUUGGAACAACCCAGAGAGAAGCGAGCAAGGGGGCGACCGCAGGCAGCGAGGAUCGAUCUCUUGUGGAAGGACAAGUCAACUGCUCGAGGGUACGGGUUUGGAGGCACAACUCCAGGCGUCACCCCCUUAUCCAGCUGCCGUGAUGAAGCAGAUGCACUACAUGAGGAAAGACUGCAAUAUCACCAAGGCUGUCGAUCUGACUACGCUGAGUUCCGUUUCCUCAGACAGCUCGGUAGAACGCGUAUAUCAGGCUUUUGUGAGGGGCAAACUGCGAAGUCGCUGUCAGCUGACACGUGUCUGCUGGAGUGCUUGUCGGGCGCCGUCGGGAUUCACGCUCGUCAAUCGGUUGACUCCUCAACAGGCUCGGAAUCUCGGGGGGGACUUGACAUCCCAGUUCUGCGUUAGCUGCGACAACCCCACGUUGAAUGGCGUGUCAAGGACGGCAGAAGAAGAGCAGCUGCGGAAAGCCGAUCCAGAUGAAACGAGCUUCGACGUCUUUCCAGUUGCAGGAGCGACGCUUGCUGCCGCUGCGCAAGUCGCCAAAUCAAUCUUUCACUUCACACAGACGCUGUUCAGAGUGUGGUUGGAAACCUUAGUCGUCGACUUGGUAAAAGGACCUUCCAGCACGUGGUAUUUCAUCCAGGUGAAAUCGUUUACCGUUCGACAAGCAUCACCAACGAUGCCAAUCACGUUCUCUUCUUCGGCGGCUGAACCCCCAGACGAGAGCGAAGACGACAUCGGCGAGCGCCGCAGAAAGAAGAGCUGCGAAAACAUCAGCCGUUUGGCAAUUCCGGCCAUGUGUCAGAUGUGUGGGUUAAAGCAUCGCAAGCAAGAUCUCAGCAAGACCGUGAAUUUGCGAAUGAUGCUCGAGACCCAACACCACAUGAGGAAACGCGGGGUUGACAUUCUUUUCUUCCCUCUCUCCGGAAGACUUCAGCUGUCUUACAACUAUCCAGUAUGUUCUCUAUGCUAUUCACUAUACUUGGCCGAGCGGGAGCUGAUCAAGGCCGAGCUCGACCUUGCGCAAGCUCUGCGCCAACCGAUGCCUUCCAGAGAGCCGACUUUCUUCAGUUUCACUGGCGUCUUGGACGCGAUUCAGAGCAGCACGCAACCAGAUGAUCCUUAUCUGAUUGACCUUCUGCGUUCCUUCAACAACGCACCUCCUCGACAAACAGCAUCUUUCGCGGAACAAGGCAAAGGAGACAACGAACACAGCAGCAUUAACCUGCAGAUCGAUCGGGCGAAGGAACGUGAUCCGCUGCUUGCCUUUGUCCAUACGGACGAAGAUCCCCGAAGAUCAGUUGCGAUUCCAACCGUGCAAGGGAGUUCCAAGCCAAGGAACUCGGUCGCGUUCUCGGUCCCCUCGACCUCGUCCCUCCCACCGAGCACGUCGUCUCUCACCGCUGCUCACCUCUCCCGUCCCGCGCCCGGCGGUUCGCCGUCUUACCCUGUUUCUCCUCACCACCCUUCCGCUGCUUCGCACGCCUCGGCGGCAACUGCCGGGCUCUCGGCAGGCCCGACAGCCCCCAGGGCGUCUUCCAAAAGCCGGAAUCCUCCCCGACAUCGCAUCUUGACUGGCAGCGGCGCCGCCGUUGCGCCUCCCAAGCAGACACUCCGGGGAGGCGAGGCUGUGAUGGGAGGUUCCCUGACGAAGGAAGACCGUUGCCGUCAGUUGCCUCCGAAACUGUAUCAGUGGCGCAUGAUGCUCUUUGUCCAUUCGCUGCAAGAUCUGCCAGGUCACCUCUUGCUCCCAGAGGACGAGAAGCCUGUUUCCGACGAUGAGCGUCAGGAAGUCGACUCGGCCAGCUCACAGAAUCCCUGUGGUCCCCAGAUAGCGAUUGAACUGAAGCUUUUCGGGUCCACCAUGAUGGUGCCACUGGCUACGCCGGAACUGCCAGGCAGCACGCUUGCCAGCGGUUCACCAAGUCGUGGGCUGGGAUCCACCUCCUCUCACCAUUCUGCGGAAACGGGGAACGCCUCUGAAGGGGACUCGACAGCGGAUUCUCUGGGAGACGGACCUUUGGGCGUCGCCCCCCACUACGUGCCAAUCAAGCGCAUCAUCGUUUUGUACCUCUUUUCCGUAUCUCCCACCCUGCACAAAGUCUUCGAGGAAGAAUCGAUCGAGUUCCGCCUUCUCGCGUCUGCACUUCCACGAACAUCCACAGAUCGUGGGAGCGAAAGCUCGUGUCCUUCUGGACCUGCUUCCUCCCCGAGUCAAUCGUACCCUUCAUCCUCGGUCUCCACUUCCCAGUCGCGCACCAGGCGCAGUCCAGUUGUUUCCGUUUGUCCUGCUUGUUCCCGCCCCUGUUGGGUACCCUACCACUCGCCGCCGAUGGUCCGGCGCACCGAUUUCGGCCCGACGGCGCGUCUUACCGCUGCCGAGAUCACGGGGCAACGGCCUUACUCGGCAACAGCCCGAGCGCCCGCGUCAGUCUGCGCUGCAUGCAAGUCCCAGCCCUGUUUCGACGUGUCGAGAUCCUUCCCGUGGGGCCGCCGGCCGCAAACGGCGAGCUCAGCCCCGGGAUUAGACAGACCCCAGAGCUGCAGCCGCUUACCGGGGCCGUCGGAGAAACGCAGAUCAGGCAUAUACCGCCCCAGCAGCACUACAGCGCUCAGCAGAACGUCGGCGACUGCGGCGGGGCAAGCUGGGAGCGUUGCACUCCAUGAAGUCGCAAGUGGUAGCUGCAGCCUGCAGCGACUGAUUGGCAUGAAGCACUCGAAACAGCAGACCUACGUGUUGCUGUUUGCGACGCGGGGCAAGGGCCAGGUCCGGCUGCGUCUUGUCCUCGGUCUUCACCAGGACAUGCAAGUACCAUCGCAGUACGUGUGUGUGCGGCCCUACGCGGAUGCGUUUCUGUCAGCUCGACCCUACAGCAGCCCGUGCCCAGUUCCGGCGGACUGGAUCGACUGCUUUGCCGGAAGCGGCGGCGGGUUCCGUUCGUCAAUGCCAGUUAAACAAGACCCAGGAGGCGCGAGCAGCGCGGGCGCUCUCCAGAAGCAGGUGCGGCUGCGAGGCAAAUCUGAGAGGCCUCCGCCAGGCGCUGCGUCCCGUCAAACGGCGUCGUCAGGUAGUCCAGGACUCGCGAGCGCCAGGGUUACGGCCCUUCCGUCGGCAGCUUGGAACAAGGGAGCCCGAGGGCUGGGGACCGAGAGGGGGGGGACUGCCUUCGGCAGGCCGCUGAGCGCGGAAGCGUCGAUUUCUGCAGCGAAAAAACCUCUUUUCGGGCUUCGAUUCAGCACGUCACAAGACUCCGGGCGGCCCCCAGUUGUCGCCCCGCGGCCACACAAGGGGGGCCGGCGGCUCCAGAUGGAGAGAAACGCAGCAGCUGUACGAGGCGUCUCACCAAUGUUCAUGCUGGACCUCGAACGCUGA